AUGGAAUGCCAGAAGUGUAAAAAGACACUUUCAAAAAAGGGAUCCCAUUUCAUGUGUCAAGGACAGUGUCAGGGGACUUUUCACAGGAGCUGUGUGAGAGGACUGGCAGCAGAUAUGAAAGCAGGUAUAAAUAGAAUUCACUGCAACAACUGCGAGGAAGAGGGAUCGGAAGUAGAGGAGCCUGAUGAGGAAGAGCAAGAACUGCAAAAAAUCCUGAAAGAUAUACAGAAAAAGGUCAGUUCUAUACCCAGCAUCAGGAAACAUCUAGACACAAUUCAACAAAGUUUAAGUGUGUUAUCUGACAAGUAUGAUGUAUUGGUUAGUGAGCAGGAACGAGCUAAAGAAAAAAUUACUAAGCUGGAAAAGACGGUACUGAAUAUAUCAAAUAAGUGUGUAUACUUGGAAAAGUACAACCUUGGGCUGGAACAAAAAAUCCAUGACUUUGACCAGUCUACCCGCAAACAAAACCUGGAGAUUGAAGGCAUUGAAUAUAUCCCGGGAGAAGUUGUCAAAGAACUAGUAGUUAAAUUUGGUAACAAAAUAGGUGCUAACAACAAUGAAAUUGAAUGGGCAAAGCGUAGUAGACCGCCUCAACCGGGAAUGAAGCCACCUUCGGUUAUAGUUGGUUUCAAACUAACAGGAACUGAAGCUCGGAAUAAUUGGUUAUCUAAGCGUCGGUCACUAAUAGACAUAAACAGUAAUAUUCUCACAUGGGGGCAGAUGACCAACAUAAUUUACAUUAACGAAGACUUAUCGAAAACCACUAAAAGCCUGAUUUGGAAUGCAAAGAAGAAUUUACGCGGCAUAUACGACUUUGUAUGGGUGACAAAUGGUAAAGUGCUGGUAAAGAAAAAAGAAGGCGAGCAAGCUAUAUGGGUAAGAAGCGAAAGCGAACUUAAUGAACUAUACAGCAGGAUCGCAAAAUGCACCUAG